UGUUGUUCUCGGUGACGCGACGGAGGUGUAGCCUGACGCGGUCUCUUACGUGUCGGUCUGAAUAAAAGUGGAGCUCCGUAGACCCGGGAGUGACGAAGCGAGUCUGUGUUGCAUAUUUUAAAUGAUCAUGGAGGCUGGUACAGAUACACAGCAAGGUGGUGAAACAGUUGUCUCAGAAUCUGAGGCCCAGCAUAUCACUCUGGCACAGGCAUCCAUUGCAGCAGGUCAGGUGUCAUCCAGUGGUCCCACAGUCACUCUAGUGCAGCUACCCAAUGGUCAAACAGUCCAAGUGCAUGGGGUGAUCCAAGCUGCUCAGCCAUCUGUCAUUCAGUCCCCUCAUGUCCAGACAGUACAGAUAUCAACUGUUGCAGAGAGUGAGGACUCUCAGGAAUCUGUAGACAGUGUCACUGAUUCUCAGAAGAGGAGAGAGAUCCUAUCCAGGCGGCCUUCUUAUAGGAAGAUUCUCAACGACUUAUCGUCAGAUGCUCCAGCAGUGCCUCGAAUUGAGGAAGAGAAGUCAGAAGACGACACAGCUCCGGCUAUCACUACAGUUACAAUGCCCACUCCCAUAUAUCAGACCAGCAGUGGCCAGUACAUUGCCAUUACCCAGGGUGGGGCCAUUCAGCUGGCCAAUAAUGGCACAGAUGGAGUUCAGGGCCUUCAGACUCUCACAAUGGCCAAUGCUGCUGCAGCCCAGCCUGGUGCCACCAUCCUACAGUAUGCUCAGACCAGCGACGGGCAGCAGAUCCUAGUGCCCAGUAACCAAGUGGUUGUACAAGCUGCAUCCGGUGACGUUCAGGCCUAUCAAAUCCGCACAGCCCCAACCAGCGCCAUCACUCCUGGGGUAGUCAUGGCAACUUCGCCUGCACUGGGGACUGCAGGAGCAACAGAGGAAGUGACACGGAAAAGGGAGGUCCGGCUGAUGAAAAAUAGGGAGGCAGCCCGAGAGUGCCGUAGGAAGAAGAAGGAGUACGUCAAGUGUCUGGAGAACCGUGUGGCGGUGCUGGAGAACCAGAACAAAACGCUCAUUGAGGAACUAAAAGCCCUCAAAGACUUGUAUUGUCACAAAUCAGAGUAAAGAGGUCAGGAGCUUGUCAGGUUCCCACCGGUCCCCCAUGUACAGAGACUCAGCACAGAGCCAUGCAUCUAGAAGCCACUCCUUUUUCUACUCUUCUGCUUUCUUUUUAAAAACUGCUGAAAAUUCUGUAAAGUGACUCACCAGGACUUUAAAA